AUGUCGAGCCUGUCGAGACCAGUUGGGUCCUCCAGUCCCAACAUUCUGAUGUACACCCAGCUUCGCGUGUUCCAGAAGGAACUCCACUCAAUGACCCCGGAAGACUACGAGGGCAAGGUCAAUGGCCUUUGGGGUAUACUGUUGUACCAUUACUUCCCAUCGAGGCUACCUGGACUACCAUACGGCUCAUUGGAUGAGACGACGGGGCAAUCAAAAGAAACGGAAUGCCUUUUCCUUGUCACGCAGUGCAAGCGUGAGGCGCGAGAGGCUGGCAACGAAGCGUGGAACGAAGGCAGGGAGCAGCUGCAACGGUACCUCCAGGGCCAAGCCCAGUUGCAAUCGGCACCGGCGAUGUUUUUCGGGAUUGUCGCGGUCGGCAAUUACUGUACAUUCUACGAGUUUGAACCUUGGGAGAACUCAUUGCUCGCAAUGAACGGGGGAAAGAGGUACCACUUGGUGCGUGAUGCAGCAGAAGUACAUGGAGAAUUGAUGCAUAUAAGAGACUUCCACUAGCUAGGUACCUAGGUAGGUGAUUGAAAUAUACACCUACAGACCAGAAUGUCUAACUGUCUAUAUUGCAGCCGAUAAAAUCCCAAGACUUACGUGACCAAGUUCAUAUUGCUUCCCCGUCAGCAUAGCAUGUAGAGGUAUAGGACUCAAAAAUAAAUACGUACCUUGACUGCGUAAAACCCAAUAGGUAUAGUUCCAGGCAUUAUAUGGAGAGUAUGCAGUGAUGUGCCCUUUGGUAACUCAAGAAGCUCUUCAUCCCUUCGUGUCCAGAUAUGCCUUCCACG